AUGGCACUGGACAGGAAGUGGAUGUGGGAGGAGAUGUUGGCGAUGCUGCACCCCUUCACGAUCGCUGUAGCUAGCCUGGCCAGCCGUCAGAUUCGCUCCAUGUGUGUUUCUCCAAGCGGUCUUCUUAUUGUGCCAUACAUUAUCGUCUUCUGCGAUGAUUUCGACGGUCCUGGAACUACAGACCAAAUGCUCCGUGCGUUGCCAGCCAUUGACAAAGGAGAAGUGGUUGAGAUAGAGAUCUGCGACGGCAGGGAGCUUGCAAAUCCGGUCGAGAAGCGGGACCGUUUCAGCUUGUGCCUGGGAUGGCUUUUGGGCCCUUUCAACAAGCUGCGUGCUGUUUCAAUAGACGUUGAAUACGGGCUUGGCGACCAAAGCCUUUGGGUGACCAUGCUCCUGAAUCUGAAACGCCAUUGUCCCAAGCUUGAACACCUCAGCAUGUACAGCUAUCCACAGGAGGUCAUCAAGGCAUUGCCCUCUUUCCAAAGCUUAACAAGCCUGCACAUGGCCAUUCAGAGCACCCCGCAUGCUCCAGCGACGUCGAUGUUGGAAAGAUUGGCCGACUGUUCAUCGUCCUUGCCAGCAUUGGACACUCUGUUGCUGGAGGUGGCCCCAGGAACAGAAGAGUGUCUGUCCUCGCUGCAGAGAUGCUUGGAUGCGUUUCCUCUUUGCUAUGCACGUAUUAUCGAAAUUGUUCAUGAUCCUCAGGCUCAGGAAGCUGGGACACUCCCAGGCACACUCUCGCAUGUUAAAUGGCCGCCGAAGUGCCGCACCGUCUCCUUGUCAAGCUUGUUUUCCGGGGAGAACUUGUGUACAUUGGCUGAGCAAAUCUGCUUGGGCACUGUCACCUGCCUCUAUUUAACCACUGGGCCUCUGACAACUGCUGCGCAUGCGAAAAAGUUUCUGGCAGCCCUCGAAGGUUCCCAGCUGAAAGGCUUUGGUUGGGAGUUUCCUGACCAGACUGUUUCACACGAGGUGCUCAAAGUGAUCGGGGACAGUGCAUGCAGCCUCGUCCAGCACCUCAAGUCUUUGCGGGUUCUGGAGAUCGGCAGCAUAUCUGGAACGUUUGAACCACCGGAUUUGCCAGCCCUUGCUGAACAGCAUCGGGUGCAUUGGCGACGCCCCGAUUCUCGGAGGUGGUGA